AACCAUUUUUUAAAAAAAAAAUUGCAACUACUAUUGUAACUCGCUACCAUUGUUUUUAAAAUUUAUUAAUAAAGAAAUAAAAAACCCUUAAUAUAAUAAGUUGUUGCCACAAAAAAAAACAAAAACUCCCGUCACUACUUAUUCUUAUUCCUUUAUUCAUAAUCAUACAAGACUCUUUUUUCCGGAAAAAAAAAAAAAAAAAAAAAAAAAAAAAAAAAAAAAAAACCCGGCUUCCAUUCUGAAUUUCAGAACAACAAACCUUUUGUCGUCAUCGUCAACAGCCGCCUUUGCGCCACCACAUCUCCUCCCAGCGUACAUAUACUUGGAGAACUGAGUUCGAUGCUAAGGCUAGGAGAGAAUUUGACAAAAAAGCUGGGGACCGACUUAGGGGCACAUUGAACCAAGUUUACAAAAUGCCUCUCCAUAAGGAAGUUAGUUUCAUGACUGACACUGUUCGAGCUAAUUCAUAAAUAAGCGUAAGCAUCCUGAUUUUCUGAAACGUUCUAACCAAGCAAGAGAUAAUCGGUUAUCUGGCCAAACAUUAGAAAAGUUUGACCCUGGCCAUCGCCAAGGUAGUGUAUCUACUCCUCAAGUGGUUAAAAAAAUGGCAAAGAAAAAGGAUGGAAUUUUACCAACUGCUGCUGAAGUAUAUGAGAGCACUCAUUCUGUUUGUGUGGGCAAUGAUGAAGUUGAAUUGAUGGGUGACAAGUCUCAAAAAGUCAUGGGAGAAUAUAUGGAAAAACUUGAGGAAUAUAAGAAUAAAGGAAUUGAGAUAAACCCCGACAAAGUCUACUUGGAGGUUGUAGGUGGGAAAAAGAAAGGAAAAGUCUACGGUUUAGGGAGUGCUUCACAAAUGUAUUACAAGAGUGAUCCUACUUCUCAAUCUACUGCAUCAUCUUCCACUCCUUCCAUGAUUUCUCAAUUAAGUUCUCAAGUUGAAGAACUAAAGAAGAUGGCGGAAGAAAACCAUAACAAGGUAGAAGAAAGCCAAAAAAUAGCGGCAGAGAGCUUAAAAUGUGCUAAGGAAUUCGUCGAAAAUCAUGAGAUCGAAAAAGCUACAUGGAAGAAGGAAAAAUUAGCUAUGCAAAAAACAUUGCAGGAAAUGGCAUCACUUGUAAAACAAGUUUACCGUCCUUAUAAGCCUCCUACGCCUGCAGUCACUCGCUCUCGUGAUACAACUAAGUGAUUUUUAUAUUCUUGGUGGUAAUUUUAUGAACAACUGGUCUUUUACAUUGUCAUUAAUUCUUGUUUGAAGUAGCUUUUUUUUUUAUAUGAGAGGUGACUUUUGGAACAAUUAGUCUUAUAAGUUAAAUAUUGUUUUUUAAUACAUUGAUACAAAAUUGAUUGAUAUUUUGGAUAUUUGAAUAAAAUUAACAUUUUGGUUAUUUGAAUUUA